AUGAGUGCACUUAAGAAGUCGUUUUGGGAAGCGGAAGACAGCAGCAGCAGCAGCAGCAGCAGCAGCAGCAGCAGCAGCAGCAAAAAGGGAAAGAAGAGAAGCAAAGAAAAAGGAAAUGCAGAAGCUGAAGAUGGCGAAGAUGAAUUGUUUGAGCUUAAAGAAAAGAAACAAACAGAUCUGCAAAGGGAAGAAGAAGAAUACAAACAGUUCCUUCAAGAGAAGAAUUCUAAGAGAGGCAGCGCUGCGGAUUCUGCAUUGGCUCGAUUGUGGGGUGAGUUGAGGUGUACGUACAGCUCAAAUAAAAAAGAUGAACUAAAUGUCUUUAGAUUUCGUUCAACCAGUGCAGCAGCAGCAGCAGCAGCAGCAGCAGUGCUGCUAGGAGAGCAGCAGCAGCAACAGCAGCAGCAGCAGCGCCCUCAGCAGCAGCAGCUGCAGCAGCGGCGGCAGCAGAAUCAGCAGCAGGAACAGGACCAGCGUCAGCGGCAGCAGCAACAGUCAACAAGAGCAGCAGCAGCACCAGUCAGUAACAGCAGCAGCAGCAGCAGCAGCAGCAGCAGCAGCAGCAGCAGCAGCAGCAGCAGCAGCAGCAGCGUUGUUUGUGUCUCAGAGGACGACGGGACUCUGGACGAAAACGAAAAGUUUUUGAGGAAUUAUAUUCUCAAUGAAGAAUGGAGAGAAGACAAGAACAAAGAAUUCGUCUACAGGGACUCCGAAGAAGAGGCGGAAGAAAAAGAAAUGGAAGAGGCGGAGGCUUUCGAAGCGGCCUACAACUUCAGGUUCGAAGAAGAGGGAGGAGACACAAUCCGCUCUUUUCCGCGUUUUAUUCAAGAUUCAGUUCGGCAAACUGACGAUAAAAGAAAGCAGCAAAGAAGGAAAAAAAAAGAAAAGAAAAUGGAAGAAAUGGUGCGAAGACAGGAGGAGUUGAAGCGACUGAAAAACAUAAAGAAAGAAGAAAUUAAAGAAAAGAUAAAAUUAAUUCAAGAAAUUGGAGGCCUCGAUGCUGGCACUGUGAGCGCGGUGUUGAACCUCGAGGGCUCUUUCGACCCCGAGAGCCACGACAAAGAAAUGGGGGUUUUGUUUGGAGAGGAUUAUGAAAGAGAAGCAGAAGACAAAAAAUGUCUUGCAGCUGUGCCCGAGUCCUGCGCGGACUUGCUGUCAGUCUCCGAAGAGACAAACUUGGAGGCGAUGAACAAAAAGCAAAAGAGACUUUUGAAGUUGCAAAAAAGAAGACAGAGACAGGCGCAGGCCGUCGAGGGCUACGCAGAGGACCAGCAGCAGCAGCAGCAGCAGCAGCAGCAGCAGCAGCAGCAGCAGGAUGAGGGGGACGAAGAGCAGACGGAAGCUGCAGCAGCAGCAGCAGCAGCAGACACAGACACGCAGCAGCAGCAGCAGCAGCAGCAAGAGGAAGAAGGGAUGCAGGGAGAGUGGUGGAUGUGCGAUGGCUGCGGGAAGGGAAUUGCCGGCGGCAAAAAGAGGUUUGAUUGCGCCAAGUGCGAAAACUUCACUCUGUGCAAACUUUGCUUCCGAAAUGUGCGCCACCCGCAUCAGAUGCUGAAGCGGACGGUGCCGCUGCACUGCAAGCCCCCGAAAGACUUCCAAGGAAUGCCCGGAGGCCCCGCAGUGCCGGAGAGUUUAGAAGAAGCAAUAAAUGAAUACUUUGCAUUGAAUUAUGAAGAUAUAAUUGGAGGAGACUUGCUGACUCGAUUCAAGUACAGAAAAGUGCAGCCAAACAACUACGGAAUGACUCUGGAAGACAUACUCGAAAAGACAGAUGCUGAACUUAAUGCGCAAGUCUCGCUGAAGAAACUGGCCCCAUUUAGGGAGAAAGAGUUUGUACCCAAAAAGGAAAGGCACUGGCAGCAGCAGCAAAAUGCAAUUCCUGAAAAGAAGAGAAAAACAAAAGUGGAAAGAGGGAUGACCCCUUUCGGCGUGCGCAAAGACAGACUCGCCGCCUACGACGCCUGA